GAAAUUAUUACAAUCAAGGAGAGAUUCGUAAGAAAGAGCUGGAGCAGAGCUGUUGUGUCCUGGGCAUUCCUGCUUCUGAUGUCACAGUCAUUGAUCACAGGGAUUUUCCUGAUGAUCCUGCUGUGGAGUGGGACACUCAGCUCCUGGCCACCCUUGUCCUGGAGCACAUAGAAGCCAAGAACAUCAACCUGAACAUGCUGUGUGCCAUCUGGCAGUGGAGCAGGGGCUGCAGUUCCAGCAUGUCUGAAAGGAAGGAUUGCAAGGUGGUGACGUUUGAUGCAGGAGGAGUGAGUGGCCAUGCCAACCACAUCUCCCUCUACAAGGCUGUCAGGUACCUGCAUUCAGAGGGGAAGUUACCUGAAGGGUGCCGUGUGCUCGUGCUGGAAUCAGUAAAUCUCUUCAGGAAAUACAUUUCCUUCCUGGAUGUCCUCAUUUCCUGCCUCCUGCCUAGGGAUGAACUCUUCAUCCUCACAGAGGAGGAGACUGAACAAGCCAAGAGAGCCAUGCGGUGCCAUCGCAGCCAGCUCCUCGGGUACCGCCAGCUCUACCUGCUCUUCUCACGGUACCUGGUGCUCAACUCCCUGCGCCUGCUCUGACAGGAACCGCCCCAGGAUGAGCAAAGGAUGAGCAAAGGAUGAGCAAACCCAGCACUGCCCCAGGCCCAGGACUCGGGAAAGCUCCUGUGUUAGGCUUUAACAGGAUGGGGUGCUCCUUGUGUGGCGUUAUCCACGCUACAAAACCCAGGCUGGGUGAGCCUCCUUCUGAGCACCUUGUUGCCUGAUACACUGAAAACAGGGUUAAAGCCUGGGAACAGGCUGUAGCUACUCUAUAUUCUCAUCAUAGAAGCUUAAAUAAGAUGAGAAAUUUGGAUUAAUUUUAAUUGGGAGCCAAGCUCCGGAGGAUUCUGCAUUGGAGAAGAUAUGGCACGAACUGUUUCCCCAACUGCAAGGACUGCUUGGCAACUCUCCCUAGGUGCUUUUGUUAGAUCCAGCUAUUGGGAGUAACUUUUCAAAGCUCAUGCUAUCUCCACAGAUACCACAACCAUAACAUCUUUGUUAUUCAGUCAGAACUUUAAAAAUCUAAAGCUAUUGAAUAAAACACCAGAAAUCGUGCAAUUUUUUCUAAUUGCA